GAGGUAAGAGCGAUCAUGAAUAUCCGUAAUUUCUGGCGCGAAGUGACAAAUUCUGGAUCACGUGAUCUUGUAGCGCCCUUUUCACCAGUAGAUCCCUGUGUACCUUUGCCUUUCUUCUCCGUUCUAGUUCUGGACAUGUCCGCCUCAUCUCCUGUUACUGAUCCCAUACCCCACAGCGUGGCCGAGACACUACAGGUUACUACCAGUGAUGCUACAGACCCAGUCCCUGUGACCGACCAUGUUUCAGUCACCGAUCCCAUCUCUGUCACUCAACCCGUACCAGCUUCUAGCAUACCAAGUGUAGGUGCCAGUAUAUCCGUCCCUGACAAUGGCUCUGCCGCCUCUGCUCUGGCUAAUGAUCGGUCUUCAUCUGCUUUAUUGAGCCUGGCCUCUUCUUGUAGUUUGACUGAGAUACUAAACGCUCAGCAGCAGGCCUUAGAACAGUUUCAGUGUCAAUUGCAGUUAGCCCAACAGACUGAAGCUAUCAAUCAACGAUUGGACGCUAUUGAACGUACACUGAAUUCCCUCAUACAGCAGAAGGCACAGGAGGAAGCAGCUAAGAAUGCAGCAGUUGUUGCUGCCGCGGCUGCAGCUGCAGUUACACCCAUCACUCCAUCUCAACUCCGCCCAUCACAGCAGCUCCAGUUACCAAGCAGCAGUCCUCCUGGGAGUGACUCCAAGAAGAAACUACCACGGGAACUUUGUAGUAAAGUUCGUUCAACUUACAAUUCUUUGAGUCUCAAUUUCAAGAUUGACGAGCGGUUUCUGAGUCCAGCAAACCAGCAUGUUACCGAUGCUCUUAUUGAUCAAGUCUAUACUGACAGUGGUGGGAUCUAUAAUGUCAAAGACAUUAAACGUGCAGUUCAUCGUUACUAUGAGUCAAGGAGGAGGAUUGGUAUUGAAGAACUGCCAGAUAGACAAGAGAAAGCUGCCGAGCAGAAGAAGAGGAGGAAAUAUAGAGCACGUCAGCAAAGGUCUUAUGAUAGGCGCAAGAAGUUUGUUAGGGAGUCAGAGGCCAAGUAUUGGCAUUAUGUUAAUCCUGCUUGUAUGACUGAAGAGUCUGAUGCUGAAGAUGGUGAUACUGGUGGAGAUAAGAUUAUUACCCAUCGUCUCAUAUGGAGAUCAGAAUUUUUGAACAUGUUCCUGAACAAGUUGGAUGUUCGUUAUGAGAGAGCCCGUAAGCCAGGGCCAGGAGUAUCAGCUAAUGCUCGUAGGGAACGUAUUGAAGGCCAACCAUCAACCUCACAGCCUCCUGUUGGUCUACCAUCAUGGAUGCUAGAUCAAGACUACCAUCAGGUUACUGGUAUAUCUGUAUCAUUGACCCCAACAGCUUCACAGACUCAGUUGAUUGUUACUACACCUCUUCAUGAUGCUGCACUAGUAGAAACAUCUACAGUGUCUGAUGAAGUCUCCUAUUCUUCUCUUAUUGACAUGCAAGAGGUUAAAGAUGAUUCCAGUGAUUUUGAGUUGCCUGAUCACGUUGUUGCUGAUGCCACAUCAUUUACUCAAUAAUGGCUGACUGUUCUCAAGGAUUAUUAUAUAACUACAUGUAUAAUGUGCAGAAGCCUAUAAUAUUUAAGAAAGAUUGACUUAAUCCUAUAUUACACUAAUUGAAUAGUUAAUAUACUGAUAUUGUAAUGACCUCUUUGUCACCAUUUGUUAGUAUUGUAUUUAUUAAAGACAA